CAUUUUCCCUUGCUGGCCGGAUGGAGUGAAGUCGGGCAACAUAAGACGGCUGUUGCAAAGCUAGCUUUGGUUUACUAACGCAUACUACCUUCAUGUGAUACCCCUGUAUUUCUCUCAGUUUAAGAACCAAUGGGCAAACACCGCUCGUGAGGUAUGUAGCUUUGCUCUGCUCAGGCAGCCCAUGUGGCUAACGUUAGCAUGCUCUAACUAGGUGUCUGCCACUAACAUAUUUCCCACGUGCGCCUGAGUGAAAUACCUGGGUAUAAAACCAGAGGCUCGAGCUGUUCGAGUCAGUCAACGUUAGAGACAUUACCGCCGACAUCAGCCAGCCUACGAAUCAACCAGUUAUUCGUCUCUUCAGACGGCCCAGUAUAAUCUGCUAUAAUGGUGAACCAGGUCCAGCGAGGGGACGGUAGCUGGCAGUCAUGCAAGAGCGACUCCAGCGGGGCCAGCAACAGUGGUGGGGAGAGCUCCAAGGAGAGCUCCCGGUGUUCCACGCCGGUGCUAGAUACCGACCGGACCGACAGGCUACGGGACAAGAUGCGGAGAAGGAUGGAGUCGGGGGAACACUGGUUCUCACUGGAAUUCUUUCCUCCCCGCACAGCCAGUGGAGCUGUCAACCUCAUCUCCAGAUUUGACCGUAUGGGCUCUGGAGGGCCCCUCUUUAUUGACAUCACCUGGCACCCAGCAGGGGACCCGGGAUCAGACAAGGAAACUUCAUCCAUGAUGAUUGCCAGCACAGCGGUCAAUUACUGUGGCCUGGAGAGCAUCCUCCACUUGACUUGCUGCAACCAGACCAAAGACAAGAUAAGUGGUUACCUGGGCAAAGCAAAGCACCUUGGCCUCAAGAACAUCAUGGCACUGAGAGGAGACCCAGUGGGAGCAGACUGGGAGGAGGAGGAGGGAGGAUUUAACUUCGCCAUCGAUCUUGUUAAACAUAUCCGAUCAGAGUUUGAGGAUUAUUUUGACAUUUGUGUUGCCGGAUACCCCACAGGCCAUCCUGAGGCAGACAGCUAUGAGGAUGAUCUCAGACACCUAAAGGAGAAGGUGGAUGCUGGAGCAGACUUUGUAAUCACCCAACUGUUCUUCAGAGCAGAAACUUUCCUCAAGUUCCUGGAUGACUGCAGGGCGAUUGGUAUCACAUGUCCCAUCCUACCUGGAAUCUUCCCCAUUCAGGGUUACCAAUCUCUGCGUCAGCUCGUCAAGCUGUCGAAGCUCGAGGUACCAGAGGAGAUCACCGAAGUCAUUGAACCCAUCAAAGACAAUGAUGCAGCCAUCCGUAACUACGGAAUCCAUCAGGCAGUAGAGAUGUGCCGUGUGCUGAUGGACAGUGGCAAGGUACCAGGGCUCCAUUUCUACACGCUAAAUCGAGAAGUUGCCACCAUGGAGGUGCUCCGACAGCUGGGCCUGUGGAUAGAAGACCCCAGACGGCCUCUUCCCUGGGCAGUGAGUGCCCAUCCCAAGCGAAAGGUAGAAGAUGUUCGACCCAUCUUUUGGGCAUCCAGGCCCAAGAGCUACAUCUACAGAACCCAGGACUGGGAUGAGUUUCCUAAUGGCAGAUGGGGAAACUCCUCGUCUCCAGCUUUUGGUGAAUUAAACGACUACUACCUAUUCUACCUGAAGAGCAAGUCAUCCAAAGAUGCACUUCUGCAGAUGUGGGGUCAGGAGCUGAUGAAUGAAGAGAGUGUAUUUGAGGUCUUCACGUGCUACAUUACAGGUCAACCAAACAGCAGUGGACACAAGGUAAUGUGUUUGCCAUGGAAUGAUGAGCCUCUGGCCCCAGAGACCAACCUGAUGAAAGAAGAGCUGGAGAAGGUUAACAGACGAGGAGUCCUCACCAUCAAUUCUCAGCCCAACAUCAAUGGCAAAACUUCCACAGACCCUAUCGUAGGCUGGGGACCUGCAGGAGGCUACGUCUUUCAGAAGGCCUAUCUGGAGUUCUUCACCUCCAGUGAAAAUGUGACUGCUCUCCUCAAGGUACUGAAAAAGUAUGAGCCCCGUGUCAACUACCACAUUGUUAAUGUGCAUGGGCGUAACCUGACCAAUGCCCCUGACAUGCAGCCAAACGCUGUAACUUGGGGGAUCUUUCCUGGCAGGGAGAUUGUUCAGCCUACUGUAGCAGACCCAGUCAGUUUUAUGUAUUGGAAGGACGAGGCCUUUGCCUUGUGGAUUGAGCAGUGGGCCAAACUCUAUGAAGACGAGUCUCCUUCACGGAUGAUCAUCAAUUAUAUCCAUGACAACUACUUCCUGGUCAAUCUGGUGGACAAUGACUUUCCUCUAGAGAAUUGUUUGUGGCAGGUCAUUGAUGAUAUGUUUGAGCUCCUCGAUGCACCUACAGAACCACUCUACAGUGGUGCAGUCUCUGAAUAAAAAUUCAUUGUUUUUCGGGUGAGAAUUAAACUGAAGAACUCUGAUAUUUUAUGCAUUGUCUACAAAGCUGCUAUUUACAAUACAGAGCUUGAGUAUUAACUUGACCGAGUUUUCACAGCCCUUUUAUAAAUGUUUUUAACUUUUGCAUUAAUGGUAAAUACAGUGGUCUCACCUAAAAAAAAUCCAGAAGUUUGUACAAAACAUCUGUAUAUUUUUGAUUUAAUUGAUGAAUACUUUCAUUCUCUGCAGCACUCCCAGCUUGUAACUACCCUAGUCCUCAUAAAGGUUGAAUUCAGUUGCCUUGUUUUUUAAGAGGGAUGUGUCUGAAAAACAACAAAGAAGAGAAAAAGAAACCUGUCAAAAUUAUUUGUGAAUUUGCCGAUUACUCUUGGAACGGAUUUUAUUUUCAUAUAAGAAAUGAAUUCUUAUAUUUUAUCAACAAUUUUUAUUAUGUGUAGUGUUAUUAAGAUAGCGAUAUUGUGUGUUGAUGUUUUUUAUGUGUCAGUUAUGCUUUGACACUUAGGCAGUCAGAUGUGUGAGCUGCUAAUGACUGCUUUGUACCACAGACAAAAGUUACACUAACAACCUGCUGCCUUACAGAUUUUAAAUGUAUAUCAUAUUUGUUAUGCAUACUUUAUAAAGCUCAUUAAAUAGUUAUUUCUGUAAUGUGUAA